GCAGUUACACUCCUUUUUGGGUCGCUUGCUCGUCGCCCGGCGGAGGGGCGGUGGCUCCAGGUCGGCCAGAGCACAGACCUCUGCGCCCUGGCGUUCCUACCCCGGUGCGUGCGCUGGGGCAUCAGAGCCCGGUGGCGCUGAGCUGCGGGCCAAAGAUGGGCUCUCGGGAUCGCUGGCCCGGCGUUUGCAGGAGAGCAGCUUGUUCCUGUAACAGGCAUAUGCUUGGAGGCGAUGAGAAGGUUCUUGUUACUCUAUGCCACACAGCAAGGACAGGCAAAGGCCAUAGCAGAAGACAUAUUGGAAAAGGCUGUUGCACAUGGAUUUUCUGCAGACCUUCACUGUAUUAGUGAAUCAGAUGAGUAUGAUCUAAAAACUGAAACGGCGCCUCUUGUCAUGGUCGUUUCUACCACCGGCGAUGGAGACCCACCUGACACUGCCCGCAGGUUCGUGAAAGACAUACAGGACACGACGCUGCCGGUUGAUUUCUUUGCACACCUGCGGUACGGGUUAUUAGGUCUGGGUGAUUCAGAAUACACGUACUUCUGUAAUGGGAGCAAGGUAAUUGAUAAGCGCCUGCAGGAGCUCGGUGCCCGGCAUUUCUAUGGCACUGGACAUGCAGAUGACUGCGUAGGUUUAGAACUCGUGGUUGAGCCGUGGGUUGACGGGCUCUGGGCUGCCCUCAGGAAGCAUUUUAUGUCAAGUAGCGGAAAAGAAGAGAUGACUGGGACUCUCAGAACCGCAUCGCCCGCCUCCCGGAGGAUGGACCCUGGGAAACCGGAAUUAAUACACAUCGAAUCACAGGUCGAACUUCUCAGAUUAGAUGACUCAGAAAGAAAGGAUUUAGAGGUUUCCAAACAAAAUGCAGUGAACGGAGGUCAAUCGAAUGCUUUGAUUGCAGACUUUGAGUCGUCACUUACCCAUUCAGUGCCCCCACUGUCCCAGGCCUCUCUCAGUAUUCCUGCUUUACCACCCGAGUACUUGCAGGUGCAUUUGUGUGAGUCUCUUGGCCAGGAGGAAAGCCAAGCGUCUGUGACUUCAGUAGAUCCAAUUUUUCAAGUUCCAAUUUCGAAGGCAGUUCAGCUGACUACCAGUGAUGCCAUAAAAACCACUCUUCUGGUAGAAUUGGACAUUUCAAAGACAGAGUUCUCCUAUCAGCCGGGAGACGCCUUCAACGUGCUCUGUCCCAACAGCGAGUCCGAGGUGCGAAGCCUGCUCCAAAGGCUGCAGCUCACAGGCCAAAGGGAGCAUUGUGUCCUCUUGAAAAUCAAAACAGACACCAAAAAGAAAGGAGCAGCCUUGCCCCAGCACAUACCUGAGAGGUGUUCUCUCCAGUCCAUCCUUACCUGGUGCCUCGAAAUUCGGGCUGUUCCUAAAAAGGCACUUUUGCGAGCCCUUGUGGACUGUACCAGUGAUGGUGCCGAGAAGCGAAGGCUGCAGGAGCUGUGCAGCAGACAGGGGGCAACCGAUUACAACCGUUUUGUGAGAGACGCCUGCGCCAGCCUGUUAGACCUUCUGCUCGCUUUCCCAUCCUGCCAGCCUCCACUCAGCCUCCUGCUUGAACAUCUUCCUAAGCUUCAGCCCAGACCUUAUUCAUGUGCAAGCUCCAGUCUAGCUCACCCUGGGAAGCUUCGCUUUGCUUUUAACAUCGUGGAGUUCUCGUCCAGCGCCACAUCGCCGGCUCCGCGGAGAGGCGUGUGCACAGGCUGGCUGGCCACGCUGGUUGAGUCAUUUCUUCUGCCGAACACACGUGCAUCCCCUGCAGAUGACGUGAAAGCCCUGGCUCCCAAGAUCCUCAUCUCUCCUCGGACAACAAACUCUUUUCACUUACCAAGUGACCCCGCGGUCCCCAUCGUCAUGGUGGGCCCGGGAACUGGCGUAGCGCCCUUCCUGGGUUUCCUGCAGCACAGAGAGAAACUCCAGGAACAACGCCCAGAUGCACACUUCGGGGCGACGUGGUUGUUUUUCGGCUGCCGGCAUCGGGACAGGGAUUAUCUAUUCAGAGAAGAACUCAGACGUUUCCAGAAGCUCGGAAUCCUAACUCACCUGAAGGUGUCCUUCUCCAGAGAUGCCCCUGUGGGCGAGGAGGAAGCCCCAGUGAAGUACGUGCAAGACAACAUUCAGCUUCACAGCGAGCAGGUGGCCAGGCUCCUUCUUCGGGAAAAUGGCUGUAUUUACGUGUGUGGGGAUGCUAAGAAUAUGGCCAAGGAUGUAAAUGAUACCCUUGUGGAAAUAAUAAGCAAAGAGAGUGGAGUUGAUAAACUGGAAGCAAUGAAAACUUUGGCUACUUUAAAAGAAGAAAAACGCUAUCUUCAGGAUAUUUGGUCAUAAAAUCAGAAAAUGAAGAGAAUUUUCUUUGUUUUUGGCUGAUAGUGCUAAAAGAUGGAUUUGAAGCUUUAGACUUUCAGUUUUUAAGAUUAAAAACAAAAUUAACUUUUCUUGGAGGAGGUAGGAUAGGGAGUGGACCACCUACUAGUACAGCAAACUUCUGGUUUGGUUUUCCACUCCCCCCCCAGCUCCCAAAGCGUCCCGUGGCUCGUAGGCCCCCUGAGCUGAGUGGCAGCCCUCGCUGCUCCGCCAGCAGCCACAGGGUCUGCUUCUGCAUCCUGGGGAGCGUGGGCACGCCGUGGGGUCCGUGUCUGUGCACGCGGAGGCUUCCCAGUGCGCAGUGUGGGCGCCGGAGUCCGCCAGGCACAUGGUUAAGUCUGAACUUGCGUUGCCAGUUUUUUUAAUAAUGUAGAAAUGACUUACCAUUCUUAUGUGAAAUAUACUAUACAAAUAUAUGUUGAAACUAUACUGUAUAGCAUCAGCAUAUCUUGAGUACAUGCUGAUAUUUAUCAAAUGUUUAUUUUAAUACCAAAACUAUUUCUGAUAAAAUAUAUUUUAAGGUGAUGCUUACAGGGAAUUUUUUUUAUGAUCCUAGAAAUGUGAAAUAUAUUUUGAAAUUCUCUUCUGGCAUAUGGGUUUUUUAAUCAUAAUUAGUUUCUUAUAUCACAGGUUCAGAAAUGAGGGACAUUUGCAUUCAAUUUACAGAAGUGAACAAGGAUGUAUUUUAGUAAAGCCGCCAUGUUCUCCGGCCUCCACCUGCCCCCAGAUCUUUUCAUUUCUGCUCCUUUUGGCGUAAUUUUUAAUUUUUCCACAUAACCAACUUAUCUCCAUAGUAUCACUCAAACUGUAAUCUAAGGCUUAAAAUGUCUACUUAAUAUCUUGGUAUUUUAAGAUUCCUACUACCGUUUGAAUAUUUAUGUUUCUAAAAUAUAUACGUCCAAAUCGGAACCUCUUGUGUAAUGGUUUGGGGAGGUGCUUGGGUCUGAGUGUGGAGCCCCCUGAACGGGGCCGGUGUCCUUGUGAAAGAGGCCCCUCGCUCCCAGCUCCUCCUGCCCCGCGAGGACACUCAGCAGCCGCAGUCCCCGCAGUCCACAGUCCGCAGGAGGCCUUCCCCACAGCCCGGCCCUGCUGGCAGGCUCGUCUUGGGCUCCCAGCUCCCAGAGCUCGGCGAGAUCAGUUUCUCUUGCUAUAAGUCACCCAGUGACUGCUUGUUACAGCAGCCUGAAUGAACUAAGACAGUUGCCAGGGACAAAUUCUCUUAAAAUUUGUCAAAGUGUAAGGGCAUUUGAUAAAUUUUUCCUAGGCUCUAGUAUAUAUUGUAGUUGUAUUUGACAUUAGCAUUUUAAAAAACAAAUCUCUGUGUCAAAGGCUUCUUCUGGUCUUUGAAAAAUAAAGAUCUGAAGGAAAUUUCA